GUCCCGUCCCGUCCGGCCCCGUCCCGCCGCCCGCCAGCCAGCCAUGAGCUCCACGCAGUUCAACAAGGGCCCCUCGUACGGGCUGUCGGCCGAGGUCAAGAACCGGCUCCUGUCCAAAUAUGACCCCCAGAAGGAGGCAGAGCUCCGCACCUGGAUCGAGGGACUCACCGGCCUCUCCAUCGGCCCCGACUUCCAGAAAGGCCUGAAGGACGGAACUAUCUUAUGCACACUCAUGAACAAGCUACAGCCGGGCUCCGUCCCCAAGAUCAACCGCUCCAUGCAGAACUGGCACCAGCUAGAAAACCUGUCCAACUUCAUCAAGGUCAUGGUCAGCUACGGCAUGAACCCCGUGGACCUGUUCGAGGCCAACGACCUGUUUGAGAGUGGGAACAUGACACAGGUGCAGGUGUCUCUUCUGGCCCUGGCGGGGAAGGCCAAGACUAAGGGGCUGCAGAGCGGGGUGGACAUCGGCGUCAAGUACUCGGAGAAGCAGGAGCGGAAUUUCGAUGACGCCACCAUGAAGGCCGGCCAGUGUGUCAUCGGGCUGCAGAUGGGCACCAACAAAUGCGCCAGCCAGUCGGGCAUGACCGCGUACGGCAUGAGGAGGCACCUCUAUGACCCCAAGAACCAUAUCCUGCCCACCAUGGACCACUCGACCAUUAGCCUCCAGGUGGGCACAAACAAGUGUGCGAGCCAGGUGGGCAUGACGGCUCUCGGGACGCGGCGGCACAUCUAUGACACCAAGCUGGGAACCGACAAGUGUGACAACUCCUCCAUGUCCCUGCAGAUGGGCUACACGCAGGGCGCCAACCAGAGCGGCCAGGUCUUCGGCCUGGGCCGACAGAUAUAUGACCCCAAGUAUUGCCCACAAGGCACAGUGGCCGAUGGGGCUCCCUCAGGCGCCGGCGACUGCCCGGACCCAGGGGAGGUCCCUGAAUAUCCCCCUUACUACCAGGAGGAGGCCGGCUACUAAGGCUCCCAGCACGCUCUCUUCCCACAUCAUCUCCCCGUCUGGGUUUUUGGGUUUUUCUGUGUUUUCAUCUUUGUUUUUUUUUCUUAGCCGAUUCAGUGCUGCCAAUCAACCGAGGGUCUGUGAGUGGCAGUGUGGGAUCAGGCAGCAGAGCUUUUUUCCCCUUUGCCUUGGGCCUUCGCAGGGCUGAGCCACCGGGCUGUCGGGGAGGGAGCUCAAGGCCAUAUCCCGAUACGUGUAGGGCGUGUAGGGCGAGGGUCCCUGCUGGCACGUUCAGGCUGUGCUGGGGAGAAGAGACUAACUGGUUCCCAAAGGUUUCUGGUUGCCUCGCCUCUUCCCCCUUUUGUCAGCUGAGCAGUUUGUGGUUUCUCUGCAAGUUUCAGGAAGUAUUCACAAAAGAAAAAUACAUUUUGCUUUUUAUUCCUGAGGAAUGGGGCAGGGACAGUGGAGAAGGUGCUGGGAAAUCAGUCACCUGGGAAAGGGGGCCAGGCCAUGAUGCUAAAUAUCUCCAGCUCCCGAGUGACUGGAUUUCUCCAGGACCAACAGACCUCAGACCCUCAGACCUGCCCCAGGGCCAAGUGGGGAAAGUGAAGGCUGUACGAGGAAGUGAAAUUCUGAGUUGUUGGGCUAAGCCUGAUCCCCUCUCCAUGCUACCCGCCCCCCAACCCACUCUGGCCUCAGUAGGUUUUGUUUUAGUUGUGGCUGUCACCCAGGCUAGAGUGCAGUAGCGCAAUCUCGGCUCACUGCACCUCCACCUCCCGGGCUCAAGCGAUUCUCCAGCCUCAGCCUCCCGAGUAGCUGGGACUGCAGGUGCUCCACCACGCCCGGCUAAUUUUUGUAUUUUUAGUAGAGAUGGGGUUUCUCUAUGUUGGCCAGGCUGGUCUCGAACUCCUGGCCUCAGAUGUGAUCCACCCGCCUCGGCCUCCCCAAGUGCUGAGAUUAUAGGUGUGAGUCACCAUGCCCGGCCCCUCAGUAGGUUUUAAGGAGCCCCCAACCCUCCUCCUUUCUGGUCUCAACAAGCUAUACUGCUCCAUCUUCCCCCGGCCACACGCCCCGCCAAGUACUGCACAGGGACCUCCACCCGGGGACCCUGCUCCAUGAGAUAAUGUGAAAUACGAUUGUGGACCAAACACAAUAAAACCUCUGUUUGUAAGAAGA